AUGAAGCUCCUUUUCAUCACUCUGAUGGAGGUGGUGGAGUGCCUCCUAUUCCCUGACAUCACAGGAUGGAACAACUUCACACUGGUCGAAGAGCCCUUCCUUCCAACGGUCAAACAGCUAGACGACAUGGAGGCACCCGAGACCACCGCGAGGUGGCACGUUUGGACGCUGAUUAUGCUUGGCAUUGCCUUCCUUGUGGCGGUCGCUGGCACGCUAAUCCUGAAAUGCGCUGAAUGCAAGACACAGAGACCAGGCGGCGAGUAUUGCACCGUGAAGGUGGCCUCCCGUCAGGUCUCCCGUGCAGAGGAACAGGACGGAACAACCGAUCGAUCCACCGCGGCCGUGUCCUUCGAGCCUCGGACUCUCAAGGUGCUACUUGCCAUCUCUCUCACGAUCACUUUCAAUACCAGCUUCGCCGCCUUGGCCUGGAGCAGCCGCACGGGGAGGUUGUCGAAAGACUAUGGUGCCGACUGGGAGGUGUAUGCUGGCCUCCUCGCUUGCAGUGGCCUGGCGCUGGUCUUGCAAGCUCUGAUCAUGGCAUGGCGCCUUCCUCCUGGUGAGAAGUUCGGAACUAUGGCUUUCGCCCAGGCCUGCAUCACCGGCAUGGCCCCCGUGAUUUCGGAUCAGUACGAUACCAUGAAGGACGUCAUGUUCGCCGUUCUCUGCAUGGAAUCCGAGCAUGUUGAGAUUCAAGUCAUGGGCGUUUUGUCCCUAGAGUGGCUGGUGAUCGUCCACAUGGUCUGCUUCACCUUUGAGGACACGACUGCGGAGCUUCUGGACUCGCACCUCUCCGUGUUGCUUCUCACGCCGGACACAGGAGCCGAGGAUGGGUCUCGAGCAAGCUCAUCUGCAUGGAGUUCGAGCAUCGUGGCUUUCUGUGACAUGCUCCGGGACAAGCUCCUUGUGCUGCUGUAUAAGCAGCUCACCCCAACGAAAAGGUUCCUCCUUCUCCUCGAGAACGUCCCACAAGCCAUCUUCGCCAUCAUCUUCUUACGCUACGAAGGUGGAUCCGUCGUGGUGACGGUGUUGAGCUUGGCAAUUCCCGCGAUGCAGAUUGGGCUCACACUCCUCCUUUACAGCAGGGUCCGUGCGAAGAUCGCUCCCUACUUCGGGCGAAGGCUUCAAGCGCUGGUACGGGCCGGGGACAAGCUGCUGGCGCAGCGCCUCUGGCGCGAGGCCGACUUUGAAUCCGACAAAGAGCUCUUCCAGCAAGCGGUGGCCUUCAUGCACCGCAAGGAGAUCGGCGCGGAGCGGUACGACAGUGUCAUCAGCUUUUGGAAGGUCCUCCUGGCCAUGCACAGCAGACCCAGCGAGGAGCAGUGGGGCUUGAGCGACCUGGGCCUGAAGGAGGAGCUGCCUCUCGUGGAGGCCUUUUUUGCCCAGCUCGCAGCGGCCGGAAGCCGGAAGUUAGAUGUGGACCUUUCACGUAACCAGCUGGGCGAUGCCGGGGCGAAGGCCCUGGCCACGGCAGUCUCCAGCCUGAAGAAGCUACAAGAUGUCUCCCUGAGCCUGGAGAUGUGUGACAUUGGCACGGAGGGUGCAGGCGCCCUCGCCGGUGCCAUCGGUGUGCUGGAGGAUCUUCAGAAUCUCAGUGUGAACCUGAAGAACAACAAGAUCUGCGAUGCCGGGGCGAAGGCCCUAGCCACGGCAGUCUCCAGCCUGAAGAAGAUACAAGAUGUCUCCCUGAACCUGGAGAUGUGUGACAUUGGCGAGGAGGGCUUGCUCUCCUUGCUGGAGGCCCUCCGAGCGACCAGCCCAGCGUCGACCCAGCUCGACCUCGGCGAAAGCGACAUCGGAAAGAAGGGCGUCUUCGCGCUGGCCAGGGCCCUCCGUUCCGGGGAGGUGAAGGGCCGGGUCACUCAUCCGGUGGUGGAGUUCUUGGCCGAGUUGGAGGACGAAAAACUGACGGAGCUCGAGGAAGCGCAGAUGCUGGAGCUCUUUCUCUACGGCCACAGCCGAGGCGGAGCCGAGAGGUACCCGCGGCUCUUCGGACCGCUCUGCCGGGCGCUGCCGAAGCUCCCGGAGCCGCUCCGGGAGCUGAAGCUCGACCUCGGCGGCCGCGGCGACGGCGACGCCUUCGGCGCUGCCGGGGCCCGGGCCCUGGCCGCGGGCCUCCGGCACCGAAAGGAGCUGCAGACGCUGACGUUGGGGCUGCGUGAAAACUAUAUUGGCGACCAGGGCACAGAGGCCUUGGCCUCCGCCCUCCGCGAGCUGACGGAGCUCAAGACACUCCAUUUGGUCCUGUUCAGUAACAACAUCGGCCCAGUCGGCGCCGCGGCCGUGGCCGAGAGCCUUCGAGCGCUGCGGCAACUCAAAAAGCUCAGCAUUGGUCUUGAGAGCAACGCGUUCGGCGAUGCCGGCGCCACCGCACUGGUGGAGAGCUUUUCUGAGCUGCCGCAGCUCACGCAGCUCUAUGUUAAUCUGCAAAGCAACGGGCUCAGCGAGGAGGUGCAGCAGAAGCUCCGGGCCGCCUUCGAUUCACUGCCGAUGGUGGGCGAGAAGAGGAUCCUCCUUUGA